AUGGGAAUAUUAUUUUCCUCAGUAUUUUCUCGUUUAUUUUCGAAUAAAGAAAUAAGGAUAUUAAUAUUAGGUUUAGAUAAUGCUGGUAAAACAACUAUAUUGAAUAGAUUACAAUUAGGUGAAAUUGUUCAGACAAUACCUACAAUUGGUUUUAAUGUAGAAACAGUAAAUUACAAAAAUUUAAAAUUACAAGUAUGGGAUUUGGGAGGACAGUCAUCUAUUAGACCUUACUGGAGGUGUUACUAUAAAAAUACAAAUGCAAUUAUUUAUGUUAUUGAUAGUUCAGAUGGUGAAAGAUUAAUUAGUACCAAAUAUGAAAUUAAUAUGAUAUUAAAGGAACCUGAUUUAGAAGGAGUUUUAUUAGUUAUUUUUGCUAAUAAACAAGAUGUAAAAGAUUGUCUUUCCAUUUCUCAAAUAUCAAAAGAUUUAAAUUUGACAUCAAUAAGAGAUAGGCAAUGGGCCAUCUUUAGUACAAGCGCUACUAAAAAUCUGGGUAUUACAGAGGCCCUAGAUUGGAUGGUAAACAAUAUGAAAUAA